UUCUCCUUAAAUUAGCAAAUUAAAACGCAAAACAAACGAGCAAAUUAAAAAUAAAAUCUUCCACAACGUAAAAUCUCUGUAAACAAAGGAAUUUAGAAUUUUAAUUUGUCAAUACAAAGAGAAAUAAUCAUGAAAUAAUUGAAUAUAAUCUGCUAAGUAACGAUAAAUGGAAGUACAAAUGGCCAAUAGUGAGUAGCUGCGUCACUUUUAAAAUGGAAACUUUCACAAAUCGUAUAAUCGUAUGAAAUCAUUGAAGCAAAAAAGUUUCAGCUCAGUCUGUGCUUGGAAGUCGGUCGUGCUAAAAGCCACUGCAGCAGUGUAAAUUAUAAUAAUCAGUCUAGACAACAAAAGGGAACCAACAUAGACAGCAGACAUUUAACGACGAAAGAGCAUUAUAAAAUUAGCCAAAGUGAAUUUAUAAAUAACACCAAAUCAACAAAUUAAAAACAAUGAUAUAAUAAGUUUAUAGUAUUCAUCUACUUAUGUUUAAUUAAAAAAUUGAAAGUUACAAAAACCAGUGACUAAUCAAACCGGACAUUAACUACACUGCCUUAUUGUCGAUUAUGCUAUAAAAAAUAAUUUAAAGACGAAAAUAAAUACGUAAUAAAUAAAAUGAAUUCGGACGAGGAAAGUUUGUAUGAUCCUGAAGCAGCUGAGGAAACAACUCAGGUACUAGAUGCAACUACAAUUGGCGUGCGCAACAACGGCGACACACCGUCUACCGCAACCGCACAUAGCAGUAAAGCAAGUAGUAGCCAAGGCGAGGAAACGGCUAGUAAAGAUGAUGUACCAAUUUCAACCGACAACGCACUCUAUGCAGCGCCCCGCAGACGUUGGUUCAUAUUAGAGCCCGCAGUGUUUUUGGUUUUUCUCGCUAUGUAUUUAUCAGGGGCGGUAUAUCAAAACCAGGUUCUAUAUCAGACUUGUGUUGCUGUAUACAAAUAUAACGAGAGUGAUUGCCAGCCGCUGUUGGGUGUUAGCAGGGAAACAAAGGAAGCGGAGGAGAUCGAAACUCGCGUCCAACCAUACGUUGCACGUAUACUGAUGGCGCGCUCGCUUUUGGAAAGCAUCAUACCGGCAUUUGUGAGCUUAUUUGUUGGUCCUUGGUCGGAUAAGUUUGGACGACGUCCAAUUAUACUGGCCACAUAUACGGGUUACCUCUCCGGCUGUAUAAUUUUGACGAUUUUAGCUUUUAUUGCGACCAAAGUUGUUAUCAGCCCUUGGCUAUUUCUAUUAUCUUCGGUACCCUCGGUGAUUAGUGGUGGCACCUGUGCGCUUAUUACCGGUAUAUAUUGCUAUAUUUCGGAUGUGGCCAAGGAGAAAGCUCGAGCCGUGCGCAUGGUGUUGAAUGAGGCAUCACUAUUGGCCGGCAUGAUGUUUGGCAAUGUUUUGAGCGGCUACGUGUACGCAGCUACAAAUGUAGUAACCGUGUUCGCCAUUUCAGCGCUGCUGAUGUUACUCGCCUUAUUAUAUGUGUUCAUCUUUGUGGUGGAAAGUCUGCGACCCGAUCAAAUACACACGGGUUCCAAAAUACGCGAAUUCUUCCGUUUUGAUUUGGUGAAGGAUUUAGUGCACACUUGCUUCGAACGACGACCCAGCUAUGAUCGCGCCAUCAUUUGGCUUACAAUGAUUACACUGACCAUUGCAUUGUUCACGAUGGAGGGUGACAGCAAUGUGACGUAUCUCUUCUUCCGCGCGAAAUUCGAAUGGACGCUGAAGGAUUAUACGCUCUUCAAUGCAGCGCGCAUCGUCGUGCAAAUAAUUGGCAGUAUUUUCGGCUUAAUUUUAUUGCGCAAGGUUUUAAAAUUCUCAAUCGUCUCAAUGACCAUGCUAUCGCUGGCUUGUUGUGUAUUGGAGAGCACUGUACGCGCCACUGCUAUGUAUUGGUGGGAGCUCUAUCUGGGCAUGAUACUCGGUGGCAUGCGUGGCAUAAUGGGUCCUAUGGCACGUGCCAUACUCUCGCACGUAGCGCCGCCAACGGAAGUUGGUAAAAUAUUCGCAUUCACCACUUCGUUGGAGUCGCUCUCACCGCUCGGCGCUGCGCCGCUCUACACGACGGUUUAUAACGCGACAAUCGAUUUUUAUCCAGGCAUUUUCAAUUUCAUCAGCGCCGGUCUCUAUUUGCUUUGUUUCACACUGAUUGCCGUAAUUUACAGCAUACAAAAGUCGUUGGGCAAUACGGCGGCUUAUCAAGCGAUCGGCAGUUAAAAAAUAUGUCACAAAGUUAUGAAAUACGUACAUACAUAUAUACGUAUAUAUAUUGUAUAAUUUGCUUUUUUGUUUGUAAUUGACGUAUGAUAUUGUUUAUACGCAUAUUGUUAGCUAAUUGUCGCAUGUGAUGUGGAAAUACUUGCUGAGUAUUAUUUUAAAGUGUAAAAUACAAAGAAAGUCGAAAAUUUAUAGAACGUUAUAUAAAAUAUAUAUUUUUAUAGCAAAAAUGUGUACAGUUUUCGAAACAUUUUUUUCCGACGAUAUUAGUAGUUGUAAGCUAUAUUUAUAAAACAAGUCUCAAAUUACGUAGCAAUCUGCAGUAUUUAAGCAAAUAAGCAACAUAUCUAAACUCUGUCAAGUAAAAUGUAAAAUAUUUAUAUAGAGCGUGCUUCCACUAAUAUAAAGUGCAAUAUCAUGCCUGUUUGGAAGUUAUAAUUUUUGGAAAUAAGUUUUGAAAUAUGUUU